CUUGUGGGCUUGUGGUAAGCUAGCUAAGCCCUAGCCCUUGCAGUAAAAACAAACUCAAGCAGAACUCUUUUACACACUAACGUCCGAGCUAACGUCUGAAAAUGUCAGGACUUGUGAAAGCUAAGAAGUUCGACUGGAAGGACAGCAACAUUGCUAUGUUUGGCUCAGACACUGACAAGCAGGUGAAGAAAGAGUCAGCUGAGACUGAACCAGCUUGGAAAGGAGCUGGUGAGAAAGUUGGGAUCCAGAUCUGGCGUAUCGUCAAGUUCAAGGUGAAAAGCUGGCCCAAGGAUGACUACGGCAAGUUCUACAAUGGAGACUCGUACAUUAUUCUGAACACCUACAAAGAGCCCGAAAGUGACGCAUUGUUGUACGAUGUUCACUUCUGGAUUGGCAAAUACUCUACCCAGGACGAAUACGGUACAGCUGCUUACAAGACUGUGGAGCUCGAUACUCUGCUUGACGACAAGCCCAUCCAGCAUCGUGAAGUGCAAGGUCAUGAGUCGGGUAUGUUCAAGGGUUACUUCAAGACAUUGGAGCUUCUCAAUGGAGGCGCUGACACUGGAUUCAAGCAUGUUGAGCCUGCACAGUACGAGCCUCGGUUGUUGCAUUUCCAUGGCGACAGGAAGAGUGUGACACUCAAAGAGGUACCACUGUGCAAAUCCAGCAUGGACUCUUCAGAUGUGUUCAUUCUUGACCUGGGACUGGAAGUGUACCAGUGGAACGGCAAGACUUGCAACAAGGACGAGAAGUUCAAGGCUGUGCAGUACCUGCAGACGCUCAAGUCUCAGCGCAAUGGCAAGCCCAAGGUGGAGAGUCUGGACGAGAGGGAUAUUGCACCAAAUCACAAGUUCUAUUCCUACUUGAAGGACGAGAACGAGGAAGAGGCCGAAGAGGAGGACGAUCCCGACUUUGUCAAGACACUUGUCAGGUUGAGUGAUGCCGGAGGAGAGCUUGCAAUAACCGUAGAGGGCACAGGGUCCAUUGGACGUGACCAGCUCGAUGAAAAUGAUGUCUUCAUCCUCGAUACCGGAAAGGAGCUGUACGUUUGGGUCGGAAACGGCACCUCUUCUGCUGAGCAAAGAAAUGCCCUCUCCUAUGCUCAUAAAUAUCUCCAGGGCACCAAGCACCCUUUCCUGCCUGUCACCUGCUACCGACAGAGUGCAACACCUGACACCUUCUACAGAGAGUUGGAGGCUUAGAGCAACUGUUUCAAAAUCAGCGAACUGUUUAAAUCAAAACUGAAUGUAUAAUUAAUACUAUCUCUAGAGAUUUAGAUUUUAUAUAAUUGUAGGGUUAAUCAUUUUGUAGUUUUGUGAAAUUCUACCUCGCCAAUCAAUCAUUGUUCAGGAUUCAAACAUUCAAAAAAAUUUAUGAUUUUAUCGUGCAACCCAA